AUGUCUAGGAUGGUAGACUUGAGGUUGCCGGAGGUAAGCACCAUUUUCCAUAUGAUUACCCUGCCCCAAACCAAAGUUCCAAAAGGACGCAGGUAUGCUGUUGGCGUUAAUCAUUACUGUGUAUGAACAAGAAGUUAAUUUGACAGGCGCUAGGGGCACCCAACGAUGGCAUCCUUCUAAAGACAUUGAAAACACUUUUUAGGCUUUUUGAUCUCUACAAAAAUGUACUUUAAGCGAAGCUAUAAAUGAAUUUGUACUUGUUCGGUCAUUCGAGGAGAACUUGAGUCUUUUCGAAAUUACUAGGGCUUCAAUUAUACCACUUUCCCAAAAAAAUUUAGAUGCAAUUCAACGUAUUCCUUUUAUUAAGUGAGGAUUUUUCUGCUGAUUCCUGUCUGGCUCUAUCACAUUUAAUUUUUGAAUCCAAAAAUUUUAGGUUUCCUUUUUGUAAGAAACAUUGCUUUUAAUUACCUGGUCCGUGAAAUGUGAAAAAUUAAACUUCAGAAAAUGGUAGGGAAUUUAUUGAAUAAGCGUUGAAAGUUGUACAUAAAUGCGGAACGAUCAUUUAAAAACUUUUAGCCGCCCUUAAGUACUAGAAAAUUCUAGGGAAUAUUUGCUUCUCCGAACAGAUAUUAAAGAGAAAAAUGUCGUUGGGUCCCCUAAUUUGAGACAGCCUUAAAAAGAAUCAUUCAGCUCAUCGUUUUAAGGGUGUAUAAAAAAUGGCGGACAAUAUCCUCGUCCAUUCAUAAUCAGAUCAAGUAAAAUUAAGACAUUUUUGUAACUGAUCCCCAAAUAACUACAAGGGAAAGCUCUCACAAAAACAUAAACCUACCUUUUGACAAAUAAUCCUACUGACCAAACGUGAUAUUUUCAAAUUAACCCUCGGACGUACACGCCAAGUCAUACCCCCACCAUGGUACAAGGGGGGGGAAACUCCGGCGUUUUUGAUAUGUUGCAGUAUUUCGAAACGAUUUUACCUUUGAAGGAAAGCCUUUGAUCUUCUUAACUAGAUGUGAUGGUAUAUUUUAUGUGUGGUGGCGCUGCUGGAGGUCUAUGACGUCACCAACAAUUGUCGCCGUCUUGGAUUUUUUGGCCAAGAAUUAGAAAGCAGGUUAAAACCGCGAGAAAUGGUAAAUUUUUGCGCUUUCCAUGAAAAAUAACAAAUAAAUAAGCACUUUGCAUGAUCUUAGCCACAACAGUUACUUUUAUUGUUGCAAAAGUUGACAAAACAUGUACUUUCACUAAAAAAUGGCUUGACCACCUGCUACUUAUGACAUAUCUCGUAACCAUAGCAACUGCUCAUCACUGAACUUGUCUCAAAAUGUACGGGAGGAAUGGAGGAACAGCUACUGAAAACUGGUCGGGUGCCAAUGUGUUAUCCUCUAGGAAAAAAAAAACUCAGAAAACCUUAUGGGGGUGGCAUCCACUCCCCACCCCUCCUGUACGUCCGAUGGUUAAGUAACAAUAUCGACAAUAUCUGGUGAAUAAAAUGGAAAGAAAAGAACUAGAACAUUCCAUUUUAUUAAUAGUUCAGAAUAAAAGCAACUGCAUAUCAAACUCAUUGCCCACAAAUGACGACAUUUGCUCUUCAGUGAUCAUUACAUGCAGUGUAUGCUACAGGGCGUGCUCAAAGGUAUUGUAUUUCGCCAUCACAAUUAAGAAAUGGUAAACGUGCAGCGUGCAACCAUGGAGUUAUGGAUGCACGCGGGAGGUUGCUAAGAACGAAAGAAGCGUAAGAGUCUUGAGUGCUUAGCAAACCUCCCAAGUGCAUCCAUAACUCCAUAGUUGCACAGCUGCAACGUUUACCAUUUCUUUUAUAACAUAAUCAAAAGAGAAAAACGUUACUUUCCAUUUGCCUUCGGUAGAGUCAUCGGUAGGAGUUCAUGUAUGCUGCCAUCUGCCCGCGCGUAAACAAAUCAUGUUCUAUGUUUUUCAAAAACUUGCCUUUGAGUUUUUCUUUCGUUGAAUCAACCGUUCUCCGUCUUCAGGUAAAUUGCAAAACGUUUUUCGUUGUUAUUCUGAAUGGCAUCUGUCUACUUGCUCUUAAUAUUGGGGUAAAAACUUAGAGGGAAAACUAUAGCUGCAACUAUAAACACCAACUAAAAAGACUCUAAAAAAUAAGCUAAAAUUAAGUACAUGAAAUAAUUAUCAAGCUUAUUUAUGUGGCAAUUUUUGAAAAAACGUAAAGUAGAAAUGAGAAAAUUUGACUGUAACCUUUAGAAUAACAGGUAACACUAAUUUUAAAAAGAAAUUAACUACCUUUGUAUCGAAAUCUGUCUGGGGAAAUCCAGCUAUGAAAGUCAAAGUUGCAACUGAAAUUCGCCGACACCCAGCCGGCGCUGAAGCUGUUGUUUUUCGACCGUUCUCUGAACGACUGUUAUGAAUGAACACUGAGGAACAAAAUAAUACACAGAGAAGUUGUUUUUUGAAAAAUUUAUUUGAAAACCCAAAUGUUUCUGUACUCAAAUGAAAUUCGCCUAUUCCAGCGUAAUGUUUAAACUAAACCAAAAUUUUUAAUCGAUGCUAUGAAAACUUCACAACAAAGCUGUCUCGAAUUUUAGCGUGUUUCCUAAAAUAUUUGCUUGAAUUUAGCAUCAGCUUGACCAAAAAGUCAAUAACACAAUGCUAAUUGAUAAUUUUACAUUUCAAACAGACUGUUUCUUCUAUAAAAAACACACAAAAUGUACCUUAAAUCUUCGCUCGCUCGAUUUUCCUUCAGCCGACUCUAGCCGCGAGGAAAACAGUGAUUCAUUCAUCCAGGGCAAAUUUGUCGCUUGAUUUUUUCUCUUUUUUCCUUCAAAACGACAGCUUAGUGUUUUCUCCAACUUCCACUUUUCAUUUGUGCAUUUCAUCGGUGUAUUUUAUCGUCAGGAGAGGAGACUUGCUGAAUUUGCCUAAAUUUUACCGCGCUAGCUCAGUUUCUUAGCGAGCACCCACGGGCAAAUGGUAGUGGCUGACUGACCAAUCAGAGCGCGCGAUUUACUAUGUUAUAAAUAAACAUGGGCUAUUGUCCGAAGCGAAUAUCAUGUCCUCCACUGCGUUUUGUGGAAGAAUUCUGUCAGCUCCGCAAAAACAGAUAAAGAAAGUGGAACGAAAAUGCAAAACAGACAGGGAUUUGUAUGAUGUUGAGGUAUUUGAAGUGGAUAGGACGCGAAAACAGCUAAAAUUCAUUUCGUGGGAUUCAGUCACGAAUACGAUGAGUGGCGUGAUUACGAUAAUGAAAGGAAUAUUACUUUCCCUUCGUUCGCUUGGAAAAAAUGUUUUUCCCCUCGAAAGGUCCGCUGGAGGAUAGAGGCAACAUUUUUCACGGUGAUUGUAUCAUUGCAUCAAGAUAAAGUUGUGGUCCGGCAGGAAAGAUGACCCCGAGGUGCGUAUAGAAUUAAAUGUGGAGCUGCGGGAAUAAAAGGAAGAAACGAGGAAUUAUUCAAUAUCCGAAAAUUUAGAAAUCGAACUGUUUGAAAGUAUAAUUAAGCUCCUAUUAAAAUAUUCAUCAUCGCUUCAAACUACUUACUUGUUAAUCUCGUAAGUUUACGAAGGACCGUUCUGCUGGCUGAAUUUCUCACCAUUUUCGCCUUGAAAAUUAUCUUCAGCUGCAGAAACCGCCCGGGGGAAAAGGGGGGGUACUUUAGGAAUUUCUGAGUGGGGAUGUGCCGCUGGGACCCUGGAACCCUUAACCUAUACCAGAGCUACUUCAGCUGAAUUUUGCUACACUAUACCAGAGUAAACUCCCCAAAUCCCCCCUAUCCUAGAGUAGCUGUUUCCCUAGUCUACAUGAACUCUUCAACCAACUAAUCAGUUUCCUAAAAAAUGAUACCCUAUUCUAGACCCAAACGCUCUGAUUUAUAUACCCUAUCCUAGAGCAAACUGCUUGAAAACCAUACCCUUCACAGCGGCACAUACCUAUAUAGCCCAUAUGUGGCAGUACCCCCCCGGGAGAAACCGUCACGGUACAAGCGAAGAGAAGAAAGAGAGCAAGAUGAACCUUCGAAGUCAUUUAGCUCCACCCAAAUCUGCACAAAUCCAGGAGCCGAUUAUCGGCUCCUGACAAAUCUCAACAAAUUACAUAUCAAAACGCGGCAAAUAAAUUCAACUCUUUGAAUUUAGCGGUGCAUUUAUUAUAGCCUGCUUAGUAGGCGCUUGGAAGGAGUGUCUCCUUCUCGCUCGCACGUUUUUUCUUGUGUACAUUUAUUAUUCCGAGCAUGCUUUGUCGAGCCAGUCCGGUUUUUCUCGACCUUCUGCUUUCAAGACCGGUCACGCUUUUGUAAAUUUACAUCCAAACCGACGGAGAAAAAUAUAGAAAUGCCCAAUCGAAAUCUUGACAAAAUAACCUAAGUUUUUCACCACUAGUAGCUUAGAUAGCACUUAGCUCAAUACCGGUGGUGCAUUUGUGAUAGAUCUCCUACUUUGAAAAAGAAAGGCAAUAUUCUGCAGAAAAUAGAGUGUUUUCAGCCCUAUUUUACCGGAAGUUGAGGCCACCCGAUGUGACAUAGGGCAAAUGUCACAAUGAGUUUGAUAUGAAAAAACGAACCUAGUAACCAAAUAAAAAGGUGUUGCUGACCGACUGAUUGCACAAAUGACGUUGACUUUUCUUUAUUUCAACAAGGACUCAAGUGAGUCAAGUCUAAGCGACAGGUUUCAUAAACGGAAGUGGUGGGCAUGUUUGGUUUAUCGUGCGGUUUUGGCUUUGGCCGCAAUGUUGGCUGCAACCAGUUUAGCGAUGUCAAGCUACGCUGUGUAUCAAGUGACAAUGGAUGAAAAAGGUUGCACCAUCUUCAGUCGUUUUUGUAAACUUCACGAAGUUGAAGAGAACACCUCUUAUCGAAUGUGGAAUCCUGUUAGUAUGUCAAACGAUGGUUUGUUGCAGCUAAACCCAUUUGAUGGCAAUGUUUAUUGCAACGGUUCUUUCAGUAACAGUGGAAGUAAGUUUCCCUCGUUUAUUUUUUUUGUCCUAUUUGACGAGGCUACCUGGAAGUACAGACAUAGACUGAUCACAGUCUGCAACUUUCCGCAUAUUGUCGAGAUCAAAGCGCCUAUUGUAACUGUUCAAAUUAACCGAGCGUCACCUGGGCAAGAGUAUCAAACAUGGAGCCCUCCCCUCGGAGCAUUGUUAAUGGGCGUUACCAAUAAUAGCCCACGUUCGAUAUAUUAAAAUUCAAAAAUGACUCCGAGGGUUUCUGCUCAUUUUCUGUGUUUGGUUUGGUUUCUUUGUGCUCAAUCUCUUCUGAGAAUUGCGAGACAACGGAGUCGUGAAAAAUUAGCAAUUUUGACCCUAAAGCCAUCCCCCCGAAGUCUAUUAGAAUUUUAAUACAACAAACGUGGGCUAUUUGUUUGAAAUUGGCCAUUUUCCAUGUAAAAAAGUCCAAUUUACCAAAUUCAGCAUGAAGCAGGUGUGUAAAACGAACUAAAGAGCAAUUAUUGAGCUGAAUGGUCAAAAGUCACAGCAAAUACAUUCCCUACGACAAUCUAGCUUAUUAUAAGUAUUGUAAUAUAAAAGAAAAAAGAAAUAAAAUUCCUGUGAACGGGGCCGGAUCGGAGUUUCUGUGCAUGGGGAUAUCGCUUCGCCACUGGCCAGGGAAUAAAUCAUCACGUGGAGUUCGCGUACAUUUAUUUAUUUAUUUUUUUUUCGUUUGAUAUACUCAGCAGGACAACAUAUCAAAGCAGGCACUUUGUAGAUAGAUAUAGAAUAGAUACCGCAGAAUUAGAAUACGUUGAAAUUUGAAUUGUUCCGACCCCAAAAAAUAUAAUCUUUAGUUAGUGGUAUUUUACAGAAAUGUGUGAUUUUGUUCGAGGUUUAUCAAGCCGGUAAACCCUUAGAAAGUGUGAUCUAUUGCUUAAAUUUAAGCUACUCAUUCUCAAAUGAUAUCCCCGAUCCCUUCUCUGCAACUUAUUUCCUGUUUCGAAUAUAACUUUAUGUUUUGUUCUGUUGUGUCAAGGUGGACAGGGUUUAUCGACUGUUACCACCAGUGCGAUUUAUAUGAAAGGGAACGAAGUCAGUCUUCUCUUCAACAACAGCGGUCAACUAUACGCCCUUACUGUAGACACAACGCAGAACGCCAUCAACGUUUUGGUAAAGUAAUUUGUCAUCAUAAUUCAAUGUGCUUGCAAUCAUGUAUGAUGCAUUUCUUUAAAGGUUGUACUCCCUUUCAAUGAUUAAUUAGCCCUCUUUGCUUUUUGGCAUUUUCCUCACUUUAGCUAACUUAGUACCUCUCUUUCUACUAUUUUUUACUGGUGUGAUAUUUCUACCCUCUCCGGCCACCCUCUGCCCUUACUUAGGACGUGCCAUUUACCCUGAUUCUGGACUGUUUAAGUUUCUCUUUACCUACGAUCACGGGAAGCUCACAUGACCUUAGGGUGUACCGUUGGCCCAUGUAUAGGGCAUAAGGUUGUUAGACCCGAUUUGACCCCCCGUCCGGAAGUUCAAUCAAGAAAUGCGGAAAAUAACUUCGCAGGUUGCCAGCGGAUGCUCGAGAAAAUGAGCCCGCAAUCAUGCCCCUAAUUAAAAGAGACCGGACUCUGGAGACAGUCGAAAUUCCAAUGGGCCUACUGUUUACAUGCUUUCAUAGGUCCUUAAAAAAGCGAGAGGCUCCAGAAAGAGGCGGAAGCGUGCAUUCAGGCUUCGUUUAAUAUCCUUGUACAGAGACUUUUAAAGUUUUUUUUUUCAACUGAUUCAGCCAAUUUAAAGUAUGAGGUAUCAACCUGAUUUUAUUUCUCUGCAUAAAUUUCAGCCAUAUUCAUCUGGAAAAUAUCCAGCCAAUUCUCGCUUCACAAUUGAUUACUACUGGAGUUAUACCUUUUUCCGGUACACGGUGGACAACACAACAUUUUUGGGAUGUGAUGGCACGGGCAGGGCUAUGUUGGUGGAUGGGAUGCAGUUCUCUGAUUAUCCAAACCCUCAAGCGCUGUUUAUCCUCAACAAAGUUUAAAAUGCUCGUGAACUGUUGGAUGGCUCAUUUUUUUAGAAAAGGGAAGUGAUGAAGUCACAAAAAUUAAAAUUGCGAAAUUUUGGGGUUAUAAUUGGAUGACAUAUCCAGAAAGAACAAGAUCAAUAAUGUUCACUGGCUGAAAGUCAACCUGUUAGUGUAAAUUGGUGGGGAGGUAUAAGCACCUUUAAGGUGAUGUUACACCGGCCGAUUCGCAGCGACGAUUUUUAGCUCAGUGCAGCAUUACAGCAUUGUUGCGACAUUGUUUCGAAUGGUUGCAACAUUGUUCCAACAUUGCUACGCUGUGUUCCGCUCAAAAUCGUCGUUGCGAAUCGUCACGUGUAACAUCGCCUUUAUGCUCCGAUGACUCCAUCAUAUCCUUCUAGAGUGGACCAAGGUCGUUCUUUAUGAUCCAGCCAAUUUUAGAAGGAUUUAUACGGAGUCAUCACAGCAUAACGGUACAUUUUUCUUCCUCCUAUUUACACUGACGGGCUGAUUUAUGGCAAGGGUCUUUAAUUUUUGAUCUUGUUUUUCUGAAUGUGUCCAUUCUAUAUUGUCACAAAUUUGAAUGUUUGUGACGUUAACACGUAGUCUUCACUGUAUUAAUCACUUGCCUUGUUAGUAUUACUACUAUACUUUACUGCCUAUUCGUCGUUGUUGUUGCAAACGGAAGCUGAUUCUCAAAAUGAACGGUUGAAUUCUUAUCUUUCCCUUAUUAGAAACUAAUAUGUAAACAAUUUCCUUUUAGAGCUAGGCUCCCUUUACAAAGAAACCGUUUAAGGAUUAAUAUCAUUUUGUAACAAACAGGUUCAGUCGUUUUCGAAGAAUUAAUUUAAAACAAUUUAAAACUUCGAAAAAAUACAGGUAGCC